AUGAGUGAAUUAAAAUUGGUGCCUCUACUUGGGACUAGGAAUAAAAAAAAAGUAUUCUGUCGAGCGUGUAAGAAUUCAAUUGCUUAUAGUGGAAAUACAUCAAAUUUAAAUUCACAUUUACAACAGUGUGUAAAUGUGAAACCAAAAAAUAACACUAGCAGAAUUGCGACAUAUUUCAAAGGAUCAAAAGCAAAACUACCUCUUAUCAGUAAAAGAAACAAGGAACUUACAAAGAGUUUAAUAAAAUUUAUAGAUAAAGAUCUAAGACCCUUGAGUAUAGUAGAAGGAGAAGGCUUUCGUGAAUUUUUGGAUUUAGGAAUUCCCGAGUACACUGUACCUAGUAGACGAAAAAUAUCACGGUUAAUUGAUCAUGCAGCACUUUUGGAAAGAGAUAAUUUUAAGAACUGGUCUUUACAUUCACGAGGUUUGGAAGUCACCGAAGUACCCGAAUCGCACACUUCUAUAAAUAUAGUAAGCAAUUUAAAAUCCGUUCUUAAAACCUGGGAUAUUGAAAAUAAAGUGGUGGCUUUUGUUUGUGAUAAUGCUGCGAAUAUGGUUAAAGCGAUUAAUGAUAUGGAUAAAUUUAAUCUGGUAAGGUGCACAGCUCAUUCAAUUCAACUAUCUGUAAAUGCUGGUCUUAAAAAUGAUGUUACCAAGGAAUUGAUUAAUAAGAUAAGAAAGAUAGUUGGAUACUUUAAUAGAAGUUCGUCAGCUCAAAGUGAAUUGGAAAAGGAACAAGUGAAAUAUAGAAAACCACAAAAUAAAUUAGUGCAAGAUUGUGUCACAAGAUGGAACUCUACAUGCAAUAUGAUAGAAAGUGUAAUAAAACAUAGAUACUCAAUCAAUUCCGUCAUAUCUAAAAAUAAGAAAACUGACUAA